GCGCCGAUUCAUGAAUGCCUAGUCACCAUUCCAUAUAUGAUACCGGUCACUAAAAGCUAUAUGUAAUGGUCAAGGUUCAGUUGAACGUGAAGAUCUAUCAGGCAAAUGUGGGACGUUGUUAGAAAAUAGAACGGUGAGGGAACGGUUUCCUGAUAUAAUGGACCAGCUCACUGGCAUCCGAUCUAAACACUAUCCACGGAGGACCUGUGCGAUUUCGAAAUAAAUAGAAUUUAUAAUCUCCAUCAACGUGUUAUUUAACAUUGGCUGACAGCACAAGCACGGGAACAAAGCAUGUCUUCGUCCUUCGUGUGUUAGUGCUAAACCAUAUGUGUUUAUGUGAUAUUACGGGAAAUCAGUUGACACGUGUUUGUGUGCUAAUUCCGGGACAACAAAUGACACGUGUUUAUGUGCUAAUAUCGGGACAUCAAAUGACACGUGUGUUUGUGUGCUAAUAUCGGGACCUUACAUGACACGUGUGUGUGUGCUAAUACCCAAACAUCUAAUGACACGUGUGUUUGUGUGCUAAUAUCGGGACAUUACAUGACACGUGUGUGUGUGCUAAUACCCAAACAUCAAAUGACGCGUGUGUCUGUGUGUUAAUACCGGGACAUCAAAUGACACGUGUGUUUGUGUGCUGAUAUCGGGACAUCAAAUGACACGUGUUUCACUGUUCUCUUACCGGGGUAUAAGAAGACAGAUGUUUUUGAGUACUGACAUAUUUUUGUGUGUGUCAACUCGCGAACACCACAUGCCAUCUGUUUUGUGUGCUGACAUCCCGUGCUUUUAUUGUGCAUCCAUAGAGGACUCUAUUGAACGUAAUUGUCUAAUUUAGCUGAUGUUUUAUUCUAGUGUCUUCACACGUAAAGGGACGUGAAUAAUUCACGAGCGGUCCUCCUGACUCUCGUAACACCGCGAGAGUUACUGCUUGUUGUUCUUAAAAGUCAAUUACUGGUGUGUAAAUGUUUCCACUGUAUUUGUGUUGACGACGAUAGUUCCGAUGAUAGGACCGUGAGGGAACUGCAUUCAUCAAUGUCACUUAACCAGCAAGUGACCCUGCAACUAUCCAUUCACUGUUACCUUAUAUUUUAUUGAAAACAAUCUGGGAUGAAAUAUUUUAAAACUAACUAAAGACGUCAUGGGUUUUACUGAAUCAUCCAUUCCAGGAAAAUUGCAGUAUCGGCACAUGGCAACAAACACGAUUCUUAUGACAUGUUAACCUUGUAGUUUCACUUAGUGGUUAGAGGUUAUUUAUACAGUAUACCUUGUAAAAACGAAUGACUAAAGGUGCCUGGAUGGGGUGUGGAAGUUCAAGGUCACGAGGACAGAAGAACAGUAAACCAGAGGACGGGAAGACGGACGACCUGUUCCAUCAACAUCUAACGGACAGACAGAUACACUUGGUGAGGGAUAGCUGGGGCCUCAUACAGGAUUCUUCUUCAAUGGAGGUUGGACUGUCGAUAUACUCCAGCUUCUUCCGGUCAGUUGAGAACGAGAUCCUUGUACUUUUCCCGCGCGUUAUUCGGACUGAGGACGGAGGGGAGAGUCUGGGGGUGGACGGAGAGAUGCUCAAAUCCCACGCAAUGCGCGUGAUGGAGGGGCUUGACACCAUCGUCACGUACCUGGACGAGCCCGCAAAAUUACGCACGUACCUUGAACACCUUGGGAGACAGCACCACAACAGCAACGUGAAGGCCCGGAUGUUAGAGCGACUGUGGCCCUGUAUAGAUGACAGUUUCAACGCUUGCCUCGGAGACGUAUACCUGGCGAAUGUUCGAAUAGCUUGGCGCAGUAUGAUGGAGUUCGUUAUCUCCAAAAUGGCUGCCGCCAUGACAGAGGAAAUGAACAAGCAACGGACUGCGCAUGUCAAUGGCAACGGAACUACGUCAAUCACGUGACAAAACUAAUUACACUGCUGCUACUGUGAUAUAUAUACGUGUAUAUUAAUGUAGAUUUGGUACCAGGAUCAGUGCCAAAGCAUGAGUUGACUUGUCUGUGACGAGAUAAGGGGAGAGAAAGUGUCAGACAAGUAGGGAUCUAUAAAAACAACACAGAAUCGCCAUUUUGAGACUUAUUCGACUGCUGUUAAUUUGAUUCACGCCUUAUACCGUAAACCUGACAACUAAUUACAGUACAUGGAUUAAAGUACGAUAGAGUUACAUUAACUAAAUGACAGCUAAAUAACUGUCACUGAACUAGUUUAAUGACUGAUUUGUUUACGUGGAAUUCCGCUUGGACCAGAAGCAUCAGUUAUACACGACGGCAAUAACCCUUAGCGUGUAUAUCCCAUGCCGCAAGAUUCCAAUUUACUCUUACGAGUAUGCACUUUCUGUCAUGAAGUAAAAAAAAUGUAAGAGUCGGGUUUUGUAGUUAAACAAGAAUUCUACCUUGUGUAGUAAAAUGACAGAUUUUUUGUACAUGUAGUUAAAUGAGAGACUAUUUUUAGUAAAAUGAGGAAUCCAUCUUUUGUAGUGAAAUGAGACCUCCACUUUCUGGAGUAAAUUACACGUGUACUAUCUGUAGUCAAAUGAGACAUCUAGAUUCUGCAGUAAAUGAGCGAUCUACCUUCUGUAGUAAAAUGAUAGAUAUACCUUCUGUUUUUAAGUGAAAAAUGUGUAUCUUCUGUCGUGAAAUAAGAUGACAGUCGUACGCGUCUGUCGUAAAACGAGAGUUCAUACUUUCUGCAAUAAAGUCAUAUUUAGUUUCGUUUUACGGCCCAUCGACAGUUCAAGUAGUUUGGGUCAAAUUGAAGUAAGACCUCUAACAUCUAUAGUAAAGUGACAUGCUCCCAAGGCAACCGCCCGGGUUCUACUGAUGUAGAUGAAAGGGCGACUACGUGACACACUUUCUGUGGUAAAGUGAGGAAUUGUAACUUCUGUGAUAAUAUAUAUACAGAUCGUCUCUCUUUUUAUGUCCUCUGAUAUAUAUAUAUUUUUUGUGAUUUUUCUGCCGUUAUCUAAGAGAUAUGAGUUUUGUGAUCUUCUGCAAUUCUCGGGAGGGAUAUUAGUGUAUGUGAUCUUCUGACGUCAUUUGAGAGAUUUUAUUAUCUGUAAUCUUUUGCCUUCCUUUAAGAGAUUUUUUUUAGGAUCUGCCGUCCCCUGAAAGAUCUUUACCUUUGUGAUCUUCUGACGUCAUUCGAGAUGUCUUAAAUUUUGUGAUCUUCCGUCGUCCUCUGAGAGAUAUUGGUUUCUGUGAUCGUCUGCCGUCCUCUGAGAGAUAUUGGUUUCUGUGAUCGUCUGCCGUUCUCUGAGAGAUAUAAGUUUCUAUGAUCGUCUGACGUCCUCUGAGAGAUAUAGGUUUCUGUGAUCGUCUGACGUCCUCUGAGAGAUAUUAGUUUCUGUGAUCGUCUGUUUUCCUCUGAGAGAGAUAUAAGUUUCUAUGAUCGUCUGCUGUCCUCUGGGAGAUAUAGGUUUCUGUGAUCUUCUGCCGUCCUCUGAGAGAUAUUGGUUUCUGUGAUCGUCUGACGUCCUCUGAGAGAUAUAGGUUUCUGUGAUCUUCUGCCGUCCUCUGAGAGACAUUGGUUUCUGUGAUCAUCUGACGUUCUCUGAGAGAUAUUGGUUUCUGUGAUCGUCUGUCGUCCUCUGAGAGAUAUUGGUUUCUGUGAUCGUCCGACGUCCUCUGAGAGAUAUUGGAUUCUGUGAUCGUCUGUCGUCCUCUGAGAGAUAUUGGUUUCUGUGAUCGUCUGUCGUCCUCUGAGAGAUAUUGGUUUCUGUGAUCGUCUGACGUCCUCUGAGAGAUAUUAGUUUCUGUGAUCUUCUGUCGUCCUCUGAGAGAUAUUAGUUUCUGUGAUCGUCUGUCGUCCUCUGAGAGAUAUUGGUUUCUGUGAUCGUCUGCCGUCCUCUGAGAGAUAUUGGUUUCUGUGAUCGUCUGACGUCCUCUGAGAGGUAUUAGUUUCUGUGAUCUUCUGCCGUCCUAUGAGAGAUAUUGGUUUCUGUGAUCGUCUGCCGUCCUCUGAGAGAUAUUGGUUUCUGUGAUCGUCUGACGUUCUCUGAGAGAUAUUAGUUUCUGUGAUCUUCUGCCGUCCUAUGAGAGAUAUUGGUUUCUGUGAUCGUCUGCCGUCCUCUGAGAGAUAUUGGUUUCUGUGAUCGUCUGACGUUCUCUGAGAGAUAUUGGUUUCUGUGAUCUUCUGUCGUCCUCUGAGGAGAGAUAUUGGUUUCUGUGAUCAUCUGACGUCCUCUGAGGAGAGAUAUUGGUUUUUGUGAUCGUCUGACGUCCUCUGAGGAGAGAUAUUGGUUUCUGUGAUCAUCUGACGUCCUCUGAGAGAUAUUGGUUUUUGUGAUCGUCUGACGGCCUCUGAGGAG